AAAAAACACCGGCGUCAAGGAACCUACACUGGUGGACGACCCCGGCGCCAUUUGAAGCCAACAUCACUAGAUGAGAACGAAGACAGUGAGGAGCCCUCAUGGAGAAUGCAGGCAACUGCGACAUUUCCAUACUGGGACGUCCGGACACAAAUUUUGGAGCCAGGCACCUACUGCAGGGCUUGCACGUAUCACUGGGAGGAGGGAAAGGCAAAUGACAGGAGACGCAUGGAAACCAUGUGGCAUCCACACCCUCCGAACAGAGAGGCCUAUUAUCGAGCAUUCUUGGAGGCUGAUUUACCUCAACAUUUCCUCAAUUGUGUAGCACUCAAGGCGAAUUAUAAUUUUCGAGUCAGACGUCCGAGGAAAUUUAACAGGGAUGGGACUGACUUUAUUGUUGGACCCAAAAAUAAUACUGAUAUCUGAUAGCCAUUACGGAUGUUGACGUGUUUGCGUGGGAGACUUUAGAGUCUC